AUGGAAAAGAUCAAGGAGAAGCUCCACAUUGGUAGCAGUAAGAAGAACACCGAGACCGAUACUCUUGGUGGCUCACAAAGUGACCACGUUGGCACAAUCGAAGACAAUCGCGACUCCAUCGACAGCGAGCUUGCUGCGAUGCCCCCACACGAGCGCGUCGCUUAUCUCAAGGAGUUUGAGGAUUCGGACAAGCACGAUAUACCUAAAAAGGGUGGUCUACUAGAGAGGCUGAUUGCACGUGGUAACAAGCGAACUGAGGAGCAGAUUGAGCGGGAGAGCAGAGAGGAUGAGGCCAGGCGCCAGGCGCACAGGGAUGCCACGCAUGCCCAGAUUGGCCCUGGUACAGGCGCGAGUGCCCACAGUGUUGCUGGGCCAGGAGGGUUGUAG